AUGCAAAUUGGGCUUUGGCUGGCGACCACCACUUUGGCAGCAGUGCUGGGCAUGGCCCUGCCUGAGGAUGGUUUGUGUUGGGCACCGGCUGGCAAGGACGGCUUCCCAGGAAUCCCUGGCCUUGAUGGAAGGCCAGGGCAGAAGGGGGACAUGGGAGAGCCAGGGAAAUCAGCACAGAGGACAGGCAUCCGGGGACUCAAAGGGGAUGCGGGUGAGCCGGGACCUCCUGGCAUCCCAGGGAACCAGGGUUACCACGGCCCGCCUGGCCCCCCCGGGCUCCCAGGCCAGCCAGGGCCAAUGGGGGUCAAGGGGAAAGCUGGCAAUAUCCUGGAGCAACCGCGUCCUGCCUUCUCUGCCUCGCGGAAGUCCCCACCAUCCAUGGGCAGGACGGUGGUGUUUGACAACAUCAUCACCAACCAGGAGAGCUCCUACAGCCCCCAGACUGGGGAGUUCAUCUGCCGCAUCCCUGGGCUCUACUACUUCGCCUACCAAGUGGUCUCCAGCGGGGACCUCUGCCUGAGCAUCACCAAGAACAGGGAGCGUGUGGUCAGCUUCUGUGACUACAACAGCCGUGACCUCCUGCAGGUGAACUCAGGCAGCAGUGUGCUCAGCCUGGUUGUGGGUGACCGGGUCUCCGUAAGCACUGACCCUGCCAGGGGCAGCGUGAUUUACAGCGGCUCCGAGGCAGACAGCGUCUUCAGCGGCUUCAUGCUCUUCCCACAGAGGGACUGA